AUGACCUCCUCAAUUGCCUCGUGGUCAUCACCACCACAACGCUCCCGUAUCCGGAUCGUCCAGGAUCGUGAUGACAUCGAGGCAAUCUACCCCCUUCUCGCAUCGUACGCCCUCACGCCAGAUUCCGCUUCAUCCGUCACCGAGUUCGCAAUUGACCCUGCCGGCUGGCCAAGCGGCAGCAGCUGCUUCUUCGGUGACCCCGACGCCCCCCUCACCGAGCCCGCCAAGCCCGUUGAUGAAGCAGCCCACGCCCUCCUCGAAAGCCGCGUCCGGGAUCUCGGGUUGACUGAAAAGACGACACACGUCAUGCUAAGGUCCCUGGCCUGGAAAAAGGCCCACCUCCUCGCCCAGAACCCUGAUUCGCCAAAGGGCUUCGUCAAGCAUAACAAGCUCUAUGCCGAAGUCGCCGCCGUGCUGCUGCUCUCGUACACAAGGAACGUCACGCAUCUACUGGUCGGCAACCUGGAAUGGACCCCCCUUUUAAAAGAGUACCUCAAAAGGUCAAAUUACGCCCUCAUCCCCGCCGACUACCGCGCCUUCCCGCAGCUCGAGACCGUCGAAGUCGUAGAUCUAUCGUGGAAGGACGACGAGCGCCACUACUAUACCCUGGAAAUUCUCGACUAUCUGCACUACUUCCACCGCCUGCCCAGCUUCAGAAAUCUCAUCCUUGACGGCACCGGGGAGUACCAGAUGGAGAAGCUCCUCUUCCCCGCCGGGACUUCCUCCCCCUCGUUCAAGCGCAUCCAGGCGAGGUGCACAGACAUAUCCGGCGGCGUCUUGGGAAUGCUCCUCAGGGCGCCCAAGGGUCUGGAGAAAGCUGUCGUCUCGAUGGGCGGGCUGUGGUCCAUGGACGGAGGGAGCCCGAUUGUCCAGCUGAAGACGAUCGGCAAGAGCCUGCUCACGCAAAAGGAGACCCUUCGCGUGCUAGACCUCGACCUUGAGAAUGGAAUCCACGCGCGCGAGUCGGAAGAGGAAGCCGGGAUGGAAGACUACAGCCUGGAUGAAGAGGGCGAAGAGGUCAUUGGGGUGACUGAGGCUACAGUUGAGAAGGACGAGUACUUCGUCCUUGCCGAGGCCGACGCAACCGGCCCGCUCCUCCCACACAGGAUCCCAGAUACCAGGAAGUACGGCUACACCAUCGGCUCCUUCCACGACUUCGCAGCCCUCACACAUCUGAGCAUCAACGUCCAGGCGCUCAUGGGCCCCAACGACGGAUGGGAACCCCCGUACAAGCUGAAAGAGGAGCCGCCCUUCCGCCUUGUCGAUGCGUUGCCGCCCAGCCUGGAGUACUUGUGCCUGUACGGAUAUCGAAAGGGGGAGAACUUUGCAGUUGACAGCCAUGUGAAGGAGCUGUUGGAGAAGAAGGCGGAGAGGCUGCCGCGGCUGAUGGAAAUCAGGGGCGUCGAGGAGACGGUUCUUGGCGAAGGGACGAGCUUCGGUGACAGCCCCCAGGAGGACGAUCUCUACCAGGAGAAAUUGGAGAGGAUAGAAUACGUCAAAUCAUGGGAGGCUUAG